GCUGGCAGCGUUUCUCACGAAAGCAUAGGGGGCAGAGGAGGUGUCACGCCAGCACUGAAAGUAGGCAGAGCCCAGCCCUCCGAGGAAGCUGUAGGGCAGUGCGGCUGGAAGCCCCCGAUCGGCGGCUCGGGGCGUGUUUUCCUCAUGUGGGUGUUCCCGGGGAGGACGUGGGCGGCGACGCGACUGCGACUCAGGCUCCGGCGGUCCGUGGGAAACGAGUUCAGAGGGAUCCGCCGAGUCACCUGGACGCACACGAAGCGGCGACAGCACCAUGAAGAGACCCUGUGAGGAGACCAGCUCUGACAGUGACAUGGAUGAAACCAUUGAUGUGGGCAGUGAGAACAAUUAUUCAGGCAGCGGUUCAGUUAUUCGAUCAAAUUCUCCGACAACAACCUCCCAAGUCAUGGCACGAAAAAAACGACGAGGGAUAAUCGAAAAAAGACGGAGAGAUCGAAUUAAUAAUAGUCUAUCGGAACUCCGUCGACUAGUUCCAACCGCAUUUGAAAAGCAGGGAUCUGCUAAACUAGAAAAAGCAGAAAUAUUGCAGAUGACAGUUGAUCACCUGAAGAUGCUGCAGGCCUCCGGAGGUAAAGGCUACUUCGAUGUCCACGCCCUCGCGAUGGACUUCAUGAGCGUCGGGUUCAGGGAGUGUCUGACGGAAGUGGCCCGGUACCUCAGCUCUGUGGAGGGCCUGGACACCAGUGACCCGCUGCGCAUGCGCCUGGUUUCCCACCUCAGCACUUGCGCCACCCAGAGGGAGGCCGCCGCCAUGACGUCCUCCAUGGCACAUCACCCGCACGCACUGCACCCGCACCAGUGGGCUGCCGCCUUCCAUCCCCUACAGCAAGCCUUCCUCCAGCAAAACGGACUCUCCACUGCCGAGGGCACGGCCGGCCGGCUCGCCGACGUCCCCACGCGUGGCUCGGCGCUCCUGGCGGCCGCCUUCUCCCCCGUGGACUCGGCCCUCAGGGCGCCAUCUGCUGGCAGCGUGGCGCCCUGCGUGCCCCCGCUCUCCACCUCCCUCCUGUCCCUGUCGGCCACGGUGCAGGCCGCCGCCGCCGCCGCCGCCGCCGCCCAGACCUUCCCGCUCUCCUUCCCCGGAGGAUUUCCCAUCUUCAGCCCCAGCGUGACGGCUACGUCCGCGGCCUCCUCGGACGCUAGUCCCUCGCCGUCCACCCCGUCGGAAUCCCAGCCGGGUGCCGGGGGCGGUAGUAGGAGCAGCAGCAGUAGCAGCAGUAACAGCAGCAAACCCUACCGGCCUUGGGGGACGGAAGUGGGGGCAUUUUAACCCUUCGCUUUGUGGAUGUCUUGUAUGGCUGGAAGUCGUUCCACACUCUCGGACUGAAACAUCUCCUCGCUCUUCCAUUGGAUAUAUCUCGCCCUGUCCGUGAACUUUUGACACCUGUUUUGUCUUCCACCCGGUUGUAGUACGUGAGGCAUGGAAAAGUACAGACAUUAUUUCACCCAAUGUGAACCUAACAAACAACACUAACCCUUAAGUCUGACUGAAUUUUACUUUUUUUAAGGUCUGGUAAAUGGAAACCGGUGGAUCUUUUCGAUUUAUUUGUCAGCUUCUUACUCUUUUAUCGUUUUCUCCAAGCUGUUAGGAGUCGGUGUCUGGCCCUCACACUGCUCUUGUCCAUUAGGAUCUUACCGUACAAACGUGAAUAUUUAUGAUUCUGUUUCGAUUGGUCGGCUACGUGUGGCAUCAGACACCUGAGUUAGCCAUGACACCUAGAAUAUUUCUCCAGUAAUCCAAAAUCUUUGAUGUUUAUGGGCCUAUAUCGCAGUUAGGAAAAUAUCGACGAUAUCUAUUCGAGAACAGAACUACAGCCCAAGGCGCAGUGAUUUCUGAUUUGCUCUUAGCUGUAACAAAUAGAACUAUGAGCAUUGUAGUAAGCAGGAUAUUGCCUCAAUGUAGUCUGGGGCCGGGCCACACACACACUCGCUUACUCACAUACACAAUAGACAAUACAAGUGGUUUUGAGUUUUCAAUGAAUCAGAAAAGAAAACCUUGAAGCAAAACCAAAGGUCAGUGAGAUAAUCAGACAAAGUGAAAAAUAUGGUGUGUUUUAAUCUACGAACUAAUUAAAAAGCCUGUAAAUAAUUAUAUGUUUGAAAUCGUAAAGUAGGAGUUCUAUCAGAGAUUUUAAAGUCUUUUAUUAGGAUGAUGCACGUCACUCCUCAGCUUUGUGAAGAAGGACUCAAACCCUCCAGGGGAGAAUGUACAUGAAACACGCAGGAAAAAUAAAAACAACACUAAGAGUAGUAUUACCUAUAACAACUCUGAUGUAACGUGUUUCACUUUUUUUUUUUCUUUUUGAUUUCCCACGUUGUGUUGUAAGCUGUAAAACAUUUCUAUGCAAACAGAAGCGCUGAAGGUGUCACUUAUUAAAAACAAACACUUCUCAAUUUU